AUUAAAAUGUCAAAUGAUAUGAUAUCAAAUAAUCAAAUAGUGAAAUAAGUAAAUGUGGUAAAUGUGAUAUAGUGGUAUAGUUUGCAGCUUGGCAGAGCAUUUCUGUUGGCGUUUGGCGUUAAAACCAACUAAAGUAGAGGUCGCUCGCAAUACUGAAAAUUACAGGGCAAAUUCUAUGUGACCCAAAGAACUGUAUAAGAUUAAUGAUAAGUGAAGAUUGUCGUUACGUCGUUACUAGUCAAUGUUUCCAUGUUCAAUAGUUCGAUGUUCUAAUGAAUGGGCGUUUAUCAAAUAGUUUUAAAUACAUAGUGAACAUGUUAACUUAAUUUUAUACAUUUAAAAAGAUAUGCUGUAUUUGACAAAUAGUUUUUACAGAUGCUUGAAGCCUGCAUGCGAAAAUUUAACUUACAAAAUAUUACCUUCACUAGCUUUCUCACAACUAAGUUGUAGAAGCACGAUAUGCAGUUCUGUAUACAAUCAGAGAUCAUCAUUCAUCCCAUUCAUUCACAACAGCCAACAGUGCCGGCUGCUUGCUAAUAAAAGGAAGAGAUUUCGCUCCAAGAAGCCAUUUGCUAAUUCAAAUGCGGAAAUAACAGUCAAGUCAAUGGGUGAUUCAUUCCAGCCGUCAUUAAACCAUGUCAGUUACGGGGGACAGUUCGACGUAUUGUCGGAAGAUGAAAGUCAAUCAUGGAUUCAGUUAAAUAACUCGGCAUCCACAACUAACGAUAACCGAAGUAUACGAAGGGAAAUUCCUCCAAAUUUUAGAAUAUGGGAGCCAGUUGGAAAGUGGAGUAAUACUUACGAUGGGACCAGUUUUAAGUUUAAAGUCGUAUCAUAUAAUGUUCUGGCACAGUGUCUAUUGGAAUCAUAUCCACAUCUCUACAAAAAUUGCUACCCUCACGACCUCAAGUGGCACGUGCGCGCAACACGCCUUUACACUGAGAUUCUUCAUCUGGAACCCGAUAUAUUAUGUCUGCAAGAAGUUCAAGCAUCACAUCUAAGCAGUUUUUACUCAAAGUUCGAAGAGAUGGGCUACUAUGGUGUAUUUAAACAAAAAACCGGUCACCGAAAGGAUGGCUGCGCUAUAUAUUUUAAACGCUCCAUGUUCAAUCUUGAAGAUCAUCUUAAUGUGGAGUUUUAUCAGCCAGAUCUGCCGAUGUUGAACCGUGACAAUGUGGGCAUUGCUCUGCGCCUCUCCCCGCGCAACCCCCGCGCCGCCGCCACGCCCUUCGUCAUCGCGACCACGCACCUGCAGUAUCAUCCCAAAAGAACCGACCUACGUCUAGCUCAGAUACAGCUGUUCCUCGCAGAAAUUGAUCGCUUCGCGUACUAUAACGACGGCAAGCAAGCUGGAUACUAUCCAAUUAUCCUGACGGGAGAUCUGAAUUCACCACCUAACAGCGCUAUUAUACAACUACUAGGAAAGGGACAUGUUUGCGCCGCUCCGUUCCGAGAUGAUUCAGAUUGGAGGAGAAUAGGUGUAACUGAUAAUUGUCAACAUCUUUCCGUGUACUUGAGUCGACAGAGAGGCAUCUCCGCUGAUACCAGUACGUUAAAGAUUUUCAACUCUGAGCACGAUAAGGGCUACCUGCCCACUGUUGAGUCUGCUGACGGUACUGAGGAGUACGGCGCGAUGUUCAAUAGCGGGGAGCUGACGCAUCCGCUGUGUCUUGCCUCCGUGUACGGUCAGCACAAGCCCGAUGGUGCACCGGAGGCCACCACCUUCCAAAACUGCUGGCUUACCGUCGACUAUAUAUAUUUUAGUCGCUGCAGUACACUGAGACUAUUGGAGCGUCUCCGUUUGCCUACAGAAGAGGAGUGUAUGAAGAUGGGACCGUUACCUAAUCACGUGUACGGUUCUGAUCAUUUAGCUCUCGCAGCUCUUUUCGAACUCAAACAACCGACCGCCAGUUUAUAACACGACACGAUAACGAAACAAUCACGAAAUAUAAACAUUGAAAGCGAACCGAAACCGAAGCGAUGCAAAUUUGAUUCAAAGUGUAAUUUGUUUCGGUUACUGUACCAGAAAUUGACCGUAGAAUUCCACUGCCGUAACUUAUAUUUGAUAUAAAUUGUGUCCUUUUAGAAAUUACUUAUUAAAUAUGUAUUAAUGUCAUUGCAGUGGGGUUUUACAGUAAUAUAGAACAAACUCGAAGUUUGUGCAGCAGUUAUCGUGGGUUUCUGAAUCCAAACUCUCUAACACACAGAGAUAGUAAUAUGUUUUAAACGAAGUUUUUAGACGCAGAAAUUCACGGAUACUGUGCUACAAGCAUAAAGACAAAUAAUCUAUUCAUAUAGAUCGUAAAGCAGAAACUUUUCAAAUAAUUUUACGUGACUAUUUUUAUUUAAAUAUUUUAAUUGUUUUUGUAUCGACUACGUGAGUGAUUUAAUCACUUACUCGUAUUUUAGCCACAUUUUAAAAAUCGUACAUACAAUUGUUGUGUACUAUAUUUUAAUUAGUUAAUAUUUUUUAAUGCAUAGUUGUAUUUAUGAUAACAAUGUUGUCUAUGCUUUUUCAAAGACAAUGUGACAGAUAUGUAACAAUAAAGUGUCACUGCAGUCGAACCAACUCACAAUUGCC